AUGGAACACAGAACACAGCAACCUGCAAGGCUACAACCAACAACCAGUCUCCGCCAGUCCGCCUCUGCAGUCUCUGAGUUUCGCCUCCAGGCUCCAGUGUUUUCAAUCUGCUGGGUGACUGUUGCAGUAAGGAAAAGAUCGUCUCCCAUCACUUGUCAGCCGUUUUCAAUCUCAGCAAAGAACUCAAAGCCGCCAUUGACGUGCUUCCAAGCUUUGCGUCGCGGUCCAAACGACGUUAUCGUCAAGUCAAGGAGGGAUUCUCCAGGCCUUAUCUUCUCCAGGCCUCCACCAAGAUGGCUUUGGAAUCCUAUACAUUUGGACCGUUCAAAAUCGGCAGCAGGGAAGUGUUUCACAGCUCUAAUCUAUCGUAUGCCUUGGAUAAUCUGUGCCAUGUUGUUCCUGAUGAACAAAAUACGGCAGGAGCUGCAGUCAUAUUUGUCAAAUGGACCAAUUACAAUUGUGACUGGGAGUCAAACAGGUGCUAGCAGAUAUGGUAUAAUUAUUGUUGCAGUAGUGGCAGGAUAUGGCUACUUUUGGUGGAAGGGGUGGAAACUUCCUGAUAUGAUGUUUGCAACAAGACGUAGCUUAGCUGAUGCUGGCAAGUCUUUUUCUAAACAGAUUGACGGUGUCUUUUCAUCGAUUUCAAUCACCAGGCGACAAUUAUCUUCAAACUUGGAUGGUGUGGACUGUAAUUUAGCUGAGAGUAUUGAAACUACUGUUAGGACACAACAGGAGGUUAUUGAACUACAAGGAAAAACAGAUUCCAUCAGCACAGAUUUUAGAAAAGUUCAACAUGCAGUGCUGACUCUGGAAACUAAGAUUAACAUAAUAGAAGGCAAGCAGGAUUCAACUAAUGACGGAGUGUGGAGGUUGUGUGACUAUGCCAAGAGAUUGGAAAAUAGCAGAACCACAGAACGUAUUCAGGCAUGUAUUGAACUCUUCCUGUGAACACUACUGGCAGACCAUUUCUUAUGUCUUAUUUAAUAGAAUUUUAGGUUUUGUUUCGGUCUAACGAUUGAUUUCAUCAUGGCUGUAUGAAA